AUGUUCGUAAAAGCCGCAGUAAUCCUCUCCGUGGUAGCAGUGGCAGCAGCCGGUGUAGUGCAUCUUGGUCACGGAUAUGCCGGCGAGGGCUACGGCCACGAGGCUGUCGCGUACGCGCCAGUCGCACACGUUGGAUACGAGGGCCAUGAUCAGCACGUUGACUAUCAUGCCCAUCCUAAAUACGACUACUCAUACUCCGUGUCGGACCCGCACACUGGUGACCACAAGACACAGCACGAGGCCCGUGAUGGUGACGUCGUUAAGGGAGAAUACUCUCUCUUGCAACCCGAUGGCUCCUUCCGCAAAGUCACCUACACCGCUGACGACCACAACGGUUUCAACGCGGUAGUCCACAACACCGCCCCAGUGCAUGCUGAGUACCACUGA